CGGUGCGCGAUGGAGGUCGAGUUGUCGUGCGCGCUGUGCUGUCAGCUGCUGACAGAACCGCUGCUCCUGCCGUGCUGCAGUCGUGCCGUGUGUGCCUCUUGCGCCAAGUCCCCCCCGCCUCCUCAGCCCAAGACAGACGGUGACGACAGUGAUAAGGCCUCCGUCUACAGCGAGACAGACAGCGGCGUCAUCGUCGCAACUUCGUCCACAUCGAGACUUACGUCUCACGGGGUGCCGGUCCCGCCUCCCGUCAUUCCGCCAUCCGUCGUUUCGGAUCCCGACGCUGAUGGGUCCACUAAAGUCGCCAGCUGCGUGAGGUGUCCGGCAUGUAACAAGGACCUUGCGGGUCCAACCCCCUUUGGACCCGCGUUGGUGACGGGCCCAGGGCUAAGUGGGUUAGUCCCGUACCCAGCCAUGGCUCGCAUAGUGGCACGCUACAAGGGUGAAGUGGGCAGUGGCAGCACCGGAGUGCCACUACCUCCAUGCCAGUUGUGUGAAGGUCCCCCUGGUGACGCUACAGUGCACUGUGAACAGUGCCAAGUGCAGUACUGUGCACCAUGCCUGGCGUCGUGUCACCCCUCACGAGGGCCGCUGUCCACACAUACCCUCACACAAGUAGCCCCUCUGUCCUCUAUACCCACGGGUAGUGCUGCGGUCUGUGGUCCUCAUGGGGACAUAGGUAAUGUGUAUUGUACAGUGUGUAGAUGUGUGGUGUGUAGUGCUUGUCAGGCUGGAAUACAUUCUCUGCACGACCUUCAACCGCUGGAUCAGCUUGCCAAGGCGUACAAGGCAGGUCUUCUUGUAAUCUCUCACAGUGUGUCCUGGUUGCACCCCGCACCUGCACCCCGCACCUGCACCCCACACCUGCACCCCGCACCUGCACCCCGCACCUGCACCCCGCACCUGCACCCCGCACCUGCACCCCGCACCUGCAGCAGGUCAUCACGCACGAGCGUCGCUCACAUCAAAGGCUCGCGCCGCGCCAAGCGGUCGAUGCCAGCACGCGAUGUGGCCUCACUGCUGGGCCUGGGCCUCAGGCUAUGGCUGGACACUGGGCCUCAGGCUAUGGCUGGACUCUGGGCCUCAGGCUAUGGCUGGACACUGGGCCUCAGGCCAUGGCUGGACUCUGGGCCUCAGGCUAUGGCUGGACACUGGGCCUCAGGCCAUGGCUGGACACUGGACCUCUGGCUAUGGCUGGACACUGGGCCUGAGGCUAUGGCUGGACUCUGGGCCUCAGGCUAUGGCUGGACACUGGGCCUCAGGCGAUGGCUGGACACUGGGCCUUGGCUGGACACUGGGCCUCAGGCUAUGGCUGGACACUGGGCCUCCGGCUAUGGCUGGACACUGGGCCUCAGGCCAUGGCUGGACACUGAGCAUCAGUGUAUGGCUGUAAAUUAG